AUGUCCAUAUCAAGCAGUUCUUCGCACCCCUCAGCGCGUCGUUCUUCUUUAGCAGUCGACCGUUUCCAGGUAUUCUCAGCCUCGUUUGGUUCGCAUUCCGAAACCCACUUGCAGCGAUCAGGACAAAAGUUCUUCUCCAAGCCAUAUGAUGUUGCGACCUCGGUCUCGCCAUGCGGCUGGAUUGCUGUGUGUUCGCCAAAGCAGAUACGGCUAUACGACGUAAAGAACGAGAACCAGACUCGAGACAUUCCGCUCAAAGCCGAGCUGAGCAUUCCGACGCUUCACAAGGAUGAGAAGAUACGGGGUAUCGCGUUGUCAGAAGAUCUGCUUGCCGUAAUUACCCAUAGGCGGCUAUUGGUCUAUGACGAGUAUCGCAGGAAUGGCGGCAUGCCCAUAUUGGUGAAGGAGCAGCGAAUUGAUCAAAACGAGUGCUGGAUCCCGCGGUCUGUGUCGAUAUCCCAAGUUGGCGCGCCGUCUAUCGAGACGACGGCGACCGCGAAGGUAGCAGUGGGUGGGGAAGGGACAAGCGGGGUCAAGGUCUUCAGGUACAUUUAUACACAAGGCUGGAAUGGCGAAAGCCACUGCACGACAUUGACCUGCCCGCAGAACAACGGGGCUAUCAAGAUUGUAGGGUUUUCACCUGGUCGAAGCGACAUCCUGUAUGGUCCCAUGGCCUUUGCUGUAUCGACAGGAAACCACUUGUACUGCUGGAACAUUAGUAAACACUCGAGCCCCACGUCGACCCAGCGCCUCGACCCAAUCUGGCACAUUGACUGUAACUCGAGCAGCAGCGAACGCGCUUUUCGCGACGAGAUCUCGACAGCGACUUUGAUAGUGUCCCCAACCGGAAGACCUUAUAUCCUCUGUACAGUAGACCACAAGCCCGGAUCGUGUCUUCCGCCAACCUUUAUUGUACCGAUUGAUACGUUUGAAACAAAUCCACAAACUCUUCGUCAAAUGAUCAAGCCGAUACCUGACAGCGUAGUGGGAUCGAGCGUCCUUGCUGGGACAGCAUCCUGCAACGGUCGUUUUACAGCGGUGGUCGAGAGAGGUCCGGGUGGAGUCGAGAUGAAGUUGUUAACUCUUCGUGGAGCGCCCACAGGUGGUUUGACAACGUCAGCUACUAGUGUACUGUCAUGGGCGGUCAAGCUACGGGCCAACAGUGCCAAUGCCUCGACGAUAUCAAUCUCCAUUGAGGAACAAAACGCGGCGCUUGGAAUCAUUGCGGUCGAUGGAAAUGGACAUGUUGUUUGUUCGAGGAUCAGCGUACCGGAAAUGCUGCAAAACCGACUGCAGUAUCUCGCUCCACCGUCCAACCAUGUGGCUCCUUUUGAGCUUGCGGUUCCGGAUGAGAUGGCAGAUCGCAUGGAUAUUGUUCCGGGCUGA